CACGUUCGCUCCGUAACACACGCUCAAGUGGACGUCCCCACUCCUGCGUCAUUUUCGCGCUGCCUCGCUCCCGAUGCGCCUCUUUUCCCGACAGACUAAAGAUAGAUGUUUCGAUUUCAGUCCCUGGAUGAAGACUGUACGCUGGAGGAGGAAGAUGAGGGGCUCAUAGAAGAGGAAGAUGAAAUUGAUCAGUUCAACGAUGACACCUUCGGAGCCGGGGCCAUCGAUGACGACUGGCAGGAGGAACACAAACGCCUCGCUGAGCUCGACGAGAGGGGCGGGCUAGGAGGGGGACUGGGGUUAGGAGGAGGGGGCAUGGGAGGAGAAUCUGAUUUAGGAGGAGCUGGGGACUCCUCCUCCACCCGUCUCCCGUCCUCUGCGGUCCAUCUCCACAUGCCAUCAUCCCUCCCUUCACUCAAAUUCACCUCGUCUUCCUCUGGACUGCCUCCAUCAGAUGUGGAGGAUCGAGGAGGGGGAGGCGAUCUGGCAGAGUCUCUGGCCAGAUUCAUCCUGGAUGCCGACCCAGCCAUCGCUGGGGUCGGUGCGGCUGAGAGGCCCGGUCCGUCCCCCGGCUCUUCAGGAUCCAGUCUGUCUGUUCUUCAGGGGCUGGACAGAUCCAGAGUCCUGCCCCAGCCCUCCUCCAUCCCACAUCCCACUCAACCACACCAGCAUCCCCAUCACCCCCAGCACCAGCUGCCUCCGGGGCCCUCCACCUCUGGCCUUCCUCCUGGCCCUCCCCCCUCAUCCAUGCUCAGCUAUCAACAGCAGCAGCACUUGCUGCGCAGAGGGACUGCUUCUAUGGGCCAGAUGAACUCUCACAGUAUCUGGGAGAACAGUAUGGGCUUUGGGCCGGUCAGCGUCACCCCCGGACUCGUUACACACAUGGAGGAUAGUCCACUAAUGUCUAUAAUCAAGGAGGUGGGUCUUCCUAAGCGACCACCUCCGGGUAGGAGUGAUGAAGGACAGGAUUUGUCAGAGAGGGUCCCACCUCCACGCUCUUCCUCCCCUGUGAUUGGAUCCCCUCCGGUGAGGGCAGUGCCUAUUGGGACCCCACCCAAACAGCCAAUGAGCCACACCCUGAAUCAUCAGAUCCACCAUCCCAUGGCGGUUCAUGUCAGAGCCCCAGUCCAGCACAGAUACCCUCCUCCCUUCCCUGAGCGUCUGUCACCAAACACCCUCCUCAAUAUAGCUAACUCCCCUCUGUGUCGUGGUCCAUUCCCUCCUGGAGUCGGUCCAGUCCUGUCUCAGAUUCAACGGGCCCAGCUGCUCAACUCUCAGGUGGCUGGUUUUCCCCGCGGUGGCCCGGCGCCUCCAUUAUUACCAGGCGGUGGUGGUUUCAGGCCGUUCUUCGGGGGUCCUCCUCCUCCACACGGUCACCGAAUGGGCCCGCCGCCCCCUCACGGUCCCCCUAACCACACACCACCCAUCCGACACAACACCACCCACCUGCACCCCCAGCACCGUCGCAUGCUCACCCAGCGCAUGCAGAACCGAGGAGGGGAUCGUGGCAGGACUGCAGGGGACCGACGCAGCAGAGACCCCUACAGUAACCUGAUGACCCAGAAAGAGAAGGAAUGGGUAACCAAAAUCCAGAUGAUGCAGUUGCAAAGUACUGACCCUUAUCUGGAUGACUACUACUAUCAGAACUACUACGAAAAGAUGGAGAAACGUCAGGAAAGAGAGCAGGACAGCAGCAAGAAAGAACACACCACAAAACUGAUCACUCCACAGGUCGCCAAGGUUGAACACACCUACAGACCAGUUCAGUUUGCAGGUUCUCUGGGUAAGCUGACCGUGUCCAGCGUCAACAAUCCCCGCAAGAUGAUUGAUGCCGUGGUGACAUCUCGCACAGAUGACGAGGAGAAAAGAGAGAAGCAGGUUUGGAAUAAGAGGCGACAGAUCCUCUACACCGUGGAGAAGAUGUAUAGUUUGCUGCUGGAGGUUCAAGACUUUGAGAAGCGUUUUGUCCAGGCGCCAGAGGAGGACCGUGAGGCUCUGCUGGAGCAGCACAAAACCAACACCGUGCAGCUGUGCAACUCUCUGCGGGAGAAGGAGUGGGACGACAGAGUUAGUGAUGAGCAGUGUGUGAUGAUCAUGUCUGUAAGGAAGGGAAAGCGCCUCAUCUCCAGGCUCCUCCCCCUCCUGCCAUCGCCCCAGGCCGCCGCCGUUGUCAUGGCGAUUGCCCGCAACCUUCCCGCCCUGGCCAAGAAGGACAAGCAGGACCAGGUGCUGUGCUGGUUAGUGGAGCCGGUUUCUGCAGUGAUCCAGUCAUUGUCGAGCUCCGCCCUCACAGACCUGCUCCAGGAGCUUCAGGGCAACGAGGGCCAACUGGCCACAGUACUGCACAACAAGUUUGGUGUGACACUGCUGUAUCUGAUCCUGAGUGAAGGAGAAAGGAUGCAAAGCUCCGACCCUAACUGUCAACUCAUGGACGACAAUCGAUGGACUGAACUGGUGUUUUCAGUGACGAGGGAGUUGCUCAGCGUUCCCUCCUCAUCGCUCUCUCCACCCCUCUUCACCCCUCCCAACCUGCUCUCCCUCCUGUCACGCUAUGUCGAUCGGCAGAGGUUGGAGCUGUUGCAGGAGAAGCUACAGAUCUCUGCUCUGUCCAGGUAGAAGUUACAACAGACAUCAACACAACCCCCUCCCCACUCGAUGCAGACCUUUUUUUUGUGUGUGCGUGCGUGUCAGAAGAGUGUAUGUAUGUGUGUGUGCAUGUGCGUGCGCUCUUGAGGUGAAUCCAUGGUGGAUAAUUUUAAUCCAGAAGAAUCUCUAGUUACUUUUGUUUUUCUUUUCUUUUUUUUCUUCUUUUUUGUUAAGUCUCUGAUAUGUGUGCAUUUGUAUGUGUGUGUAUGUGUGUAUGACAGUGACACACAGAGAGCAUGAAAUGAGACCGUUUGAAUGAUAAAAGUGAAAUCUGCAUUUUUAAAUAUCUUGUUUACGAUUUUUGCCUGUGAUGAACCUUCAAAUUAAAAAGUAUUUCUAUUAUAUAAAAA